AUGACGUGUCACACCCCAGUGAAGGUUUCUCUGGAACUCAUUGCCAUCUCUCCCGUUUCAGGUUUUGCAACCUCUGCCUCUGUGAAUUCGUACGAUGUCCGGAGAGUCGAAAUAACCCCGCUGGAGCAACGGAAGCUCACUUUCGACACCCACAGCCUCGUGCGAGACCUGGAAGCACAUGGCUUCGCAAAAGAACAGGCCCAAACGAUUGUGUCGGCGUUAAUGGCCCUGUCUACCGUCAGCUUAGAUACCGUCUACAAGGAUAUGGUAACUCAAGCUCAGCAGGAGAUAACUCUGCAGCAAAUCAUGGCUCACUUGGACUCCAUUCGGAAAGAUAUGGUCAUCCUGGAGAAGAGUGAAUUUGCAAACCUGAGAACAGAAAAUGAGAAAAUGAAAAUCGAACUGGAUCAAGUGAAACAGCAGCUCAUGAAUGAAACCAGCAGAAUACGAGCUGAUAACAAACUGGACAUAAACUUGGAAAGAAGCAGGGUGACCGAUAUGUUCACAGAUCAAGAGAAAAAACUCAUGGAAGCCACAACGGAGUUCCUUAAAAAAGAUUCGAGCACCAACAAGGCCGUAACGGAAGUCAGAAAUAAAAUCGACUCUGAAAUCGCGGCCCUGAAAACGCUCAUGGAAUCGAACAAGCUCGACACGAUACGUUAUUUGGCAGCCUCUGUUUUCACUUGUCUUGCGAUCGCUCUGGGAUUUUAUCGAUUCUGGAAAUAAAAGAAAGAGUCGCGGGAACAAA